UAUUUUCAGCGCAAAGGUAGCGUCAUUUGCAUAUCACGCUGUUAGCCAUUUUUAUACAGAGAAAUAACAAUUAGAAGUCUACAUUGAAAUAGAGAAAACUAAUAAAACGGAAAUCAAUACUUUGAUUUUAGAAAUAUUUGAGAAUUUGAUUUACGAAAAUGACUGAUGUAAGUAACCAGUCGGCCGAUGGUAGCAGCGUUUUGUUGGCGACCAGUGGUUCCGCAACGAAUGAAGAAGAUCUGGCUCAUGCUAGUAUUUCCGAACGUCAGUUGGACACUUCCGUUGGUGAUUUGAUUACUUAUCCACGUAUAUUAGACGCUUCAAUACCCCAAAUUUAUCGUAGUGAGUAUCCGGUAACACAAAUUAAUGGGUGUCGUCAGUAUGGACCACCAACAAGUUGGACUGGUCCGAUUCCUGGUUUUGGGUGUGAGAUAUAUGUAAAACGAAUUCCACCCGACUACACCGAAUCGGAUUUGGUUCCGCUGUUCGAACGGUUUGGCAGGCUUUACGAGCUGCGGCUAAUGAUGGAUUACAAUAACCAGAAUCGUCGGUACUGUUUUGUGCGUUAUACAACGGAAGAAGAUGCCAAAGUUGCUAUUGAAGUCUUGAACCAUCAUUAUGUGAAGGAGAAUCAGACGCUCGAUGCACAGAAAUCGUUUGAAAAAUGUCGACUUUUUGUUGGGAAUUUGCCGAAAGAUCUGGACCGUAAGACGAUUGAAGUUUCGUUUCGCUCACUUUUCCCCGAAAUGACUAGAUUCGUGAUGCACAACCGAAUAGCGGAUGGGGAAAAGAAUCGUGGAUUUGCCUUCAUGGAUUUUCCGGAGCACUCGGCGGCGCUGCGUGCCAAAAAGCAAACAACUCCGGGCUGUAUGCGAAUGUGGAAUCGGGAUAUCAAAAUUGUUUGGGCCAACCCGCAACGUUCGCUGGAUCACUCCGGAGUCGACGAAGUUAAAACAUUGUUUGUUCGAAAUAUUGACCCAACGAUCAAUUCAAAAGAUUUGUACAAUCUGUUCACACGGGUGGUACCGCGACAGGACAUUAUCAAAAUAUCCCGGGUACGGGAGUUUGCGUUUGUGGAGCUCGCUUCCCGAGAACAGGCCGAAUUGGUGAUGCAUGCUGUUCAAGGGUACACGCUGAAUAAGUUCCCGUUGGAUAUUGAGUGGGCCAUGCCACCGUUGAGACCCACCUGCAGGAACUCGUUCCACAACAUGAAGAACUACGAUUUCGAUGCACUGCUACGUAUCAAGUGCAUCGCCAACGGUUGGGAUUUGCCGAUCAUCCUCUAUGGGCGGGUAUUCACGCUUAGUUGCCUCCAGUACGCCUCCAUUAUCCUGCGCAACCGAGGCCAGUUGCAUGUUUACUUUGUGGAAAUCUACAUCACCGGAUUGACCGACAUACAAAGUCGCAUCUGUGAAGCGGUUACUUCACUGAUCAUCGAGAACGGAACACUCCCGGGGCAGCAUUUGGUGCUGAAGGUGGAAAAUGAUACGAAGAUGUUGAUUGGCUCCGUAUCAUCGUUAACUCAACCGGUCCUCAAUCUAGCUCGAGAUGUAGAUAAAUCGCUUAAACUGUUUUGGAACGAAAUUGUCGACUUAUGUGCGGCAGCUUGUAAAAUUACGCAGUAUAACUUCAACGAUUUGUACACAUUGUACAAUCGGGAACUAGAAAAAUCUCUUCCGUUCCCUUACCUGGAAUCCAUUAAACUGAAUGACCGUAUUAUCGGUUGCCUUGAUCGAUCCUUCCGAUGCCGCCCAGCGCUCAACCGAAAGCUAGAUGAUCGGGAAAUCAUUUUCGUUCUGUGCGACCAGUAUACCUUGACGAACUACAAUUUUGCCAAGAAGGACAACUACAUCGCCGUGACACUGUCUCUGGUAGACGUUGGUGCCGUCAGCCCGUUUCCGUACAAAAUCCAGUCCAUGUUUCCGUCCCGUUUUGUGCAGGCCAGCGGUGGGCGUAAGAUAGAAGCGGUUUUCUUUGGCCUAAAUCCUUAUUCCACAACGGAAGCACCCGGCGGGUUGGCUUUGUGCAUGCCCAAUCUUGAGAAUCGUCAAGAGUACCACCAGCAACCAUCCAACUACUAUCCGCAGAUGGGUUUGAACGUGCCUCCUCUACCAGUGCCACCUCAGUUUCAACAUUCGUCACUGUUUGCACCUGCGCUUCCACCCCAACAUCCAGCAAUGUUUGCCGACAGUAAUCUGCUGGUCCAGGCAAUGCAACAACUCGGUUUCACCCAGCAUCAAAUGUUGCAACCACAACCGUUCUUUGGACCGCCGACAACGAUGACUGGUGGGCCUCCCCCACCGCAGCUUCAUGGUUCUAUGAUGACACAACCUUUUUAUUACUAAGAGCAUAAACAUUUUGGCUAAGUAGUGCGUAAGGAAAAGACUGCACUUAUGAUAAGGCAAAUUUAAUCCAUUUUUUGAUGCUGAUUAAUUUUUUAAACAUUUUUUUUCUCUGUACAAUCAUGAAUUUUAUUUCUUUUGGACGAAUUUUUCACUUACUUAGUAUUUUAUUUG